AUGGAUGCCCUUCGAGCAAUCAUCGCCAAGCAAAAGCAACAGUUAAACGCGAUUCCAAAAGCGGGUGACAAAAAAUAUAUUUUUCAGAGGGAUUUAGACCAGAAACUACGGGAGGAAAAACUUAAAGAAAAAGAAGAACUUGCGGAUAGAAAACGCAAAGCAGAGCUCGAGCAACUUGCUGAAUUACAAGACCGGAUUAAGGCGCGGCCUUUCCAGAAAAAUCCUGAGGCAGAAGCAGCCGCUGCUGCAACGACCGAAUGUGCAGACACCACAGAAGGCACAGACGAAGAGCGCGAGCCUCCUGUUGAGCUUCAAGAGAUAUUUAGACGUCUUAGAAAACUAAAACAGCCAAUUACUCUCUUUGCAGAGACACCUUGGAAGAGAUAUUGUCGUCUUUGCAAGUUGGAAGUCCAAGUGAUAGACGAUGAGAUGACAGAAGGACAAAAGAAUGUCUUCCAUGCCAUGCAGAGAGAGGGAGAAGAAGAAGAAGAAUUUGAGGAAGAAUCCAAGCCAGUUCCUUCGUCAGAAAAAGGGGAAGCGGAGAAGAGUGAUGCAGCAGCAGCCACCCAAAACACCAAAAGCAAGGAGACAACAGAACAAACCAAAGAGGCAGCCGUCAUUGGCUGGGCGCGCAAGAUGUUGUCUUUGUGGGAAGAGGAACUCAAGAGCCGGUCAGAGGACGAGAAGGCAACGGCUGAGGGAAUGCAGGCGACGGCUUUGCAUCGUCAGACGAAGAAAGAUUUAAAACCACUCUUUAAGAAAUUAAAACACAGGGACCUUGAGGCAGACAUUUUGGAGAAGCUUUUCGACAUCGUCAGCCUUUGUGAAGAGAGGAAAUAUAGAGAUGCCCACGGAGCAUUCAUGUUGCUUGCUAUUGGUAAUGCUGCUUGGCCUAUGGGGGUUACUAUGGUUGUGAAGGAAGAACAGACAGACUGCCAACCCAACAGCUUCACAGGGCUCUGCCUCGAGCAAGCCACGAGACUGCAGCAGCAACAGCAGCAGCAGCAGCUGCUGUUGCUGUUGACAGCAGCAACGGCAGCUGCUGCUGCAGAGGCUGCUGGGAGCCUCCUCUCUUUGCUGCUGCAGUGUCCCCACUGGGGCCCUCCCGCUGCGCGGCUAGCCCUUUGCUGUUUCCUUGCUGCAGCAGCAAACCAGUGGGGCCCCUGUGGCUCCCGCACGCGAAACAAUUAUCUCGGGGAAGACACACUGCAGCAGGAGCAAUACACAACACUGCAGCACAAGCAGGGACAGCAGCUGCAACUGCUGCUGCACAGCAGCAGCGCCAGCUGCUGCGUCUUCGGCAGACCAGUAGCACCAGCGGCAGCGCCACCACCAGCAGCCGCAUCAGCGGCAGCAGUACCAGCAGUAACAACAACAAAAGCAUUCUCGCUGCCAGUAGCAGUAGAAGUAGAAGCAUCAACAGAAGCAACAGUGGCGCUACCAGAAUCAGCAGCAUCAGCAGCAACAUCAGAAGCAGCAGCUGCAGCAGUUCCACGAGCUGUAGCAGCAUAA